AUGACAUUACUUACGGAAAAUGACACCUCAACCAUUCAGCUAGUAAUUUCCAAUUUGGACAGCUUGUUUGGUCUCCAAAUUCUUGGCUCCAUAACUAUUUUCGGCAUAUCUGUUGUUCAUAACAGUUCUGGAUUAUUACUUAAUCAGAGCAAAUAUGCACAAGAUAUUCUUCUCAAGUAUGGCAUGACUGAGUGCAAUCCCUGCUCUACCGAGGGUUCUUGGCUCCAAACUUUGUUUGAGGAUAGCCCUCCGUUUGAACAACCCUCUGUUUACAGGAGCCUUAUUGGAGCUUUGCAGUACCUCACCAUGACCAGACACGAUCUCCCUUUACGGUAA